AUGUUGGAGUGGGAUGGCUACGACAAUGACCCGUUUUGGGUGGGAUUCCCGCUGAGCUACGCGGAGGGGGACCACCGCUUGACCAUCCUCUCCCUAAGUGCAAGUCUUAUUUCGUUCUCCAUCUUUACCUUCCUGGUAUCGACGGCGAUCAAAGACAUCUGCCGCAAGAACCGUAGCAUGACGCUGUCGGGCACUGUCUGUCUUGCCUUCCUGACCAUUGCGGUCAGCUUGGCCCUCCCGUUUCUAGUAGGUGGCCUCUUUGGGGUACUUCUGGUGAAUUGUCCCUGCUACAUUCAAUUGGCGACAGCAUGCAGACGAGGGAUCAGCAAGCCCAUUGCUGCCGCAGAGACAGCGGAUGCAGCGGCUGAAAUUGCUUUGCAGACCUUGCACGAUGCUGUGUCACCCAAAGGAGGUGAAGAUUCCGAAAUGCAAGGCGAAGAGGAGAUCGUCGAGAUCAUCUUGUGGUCGUCAGUCCCCUCUGAAGAGGAGUUGGUGUCCUCUCUUUAA